AUGGCUACUAAGAAGCAAGCCGUCGUCUCCUCCCUCAUCUUCCGCUUCCCAAACGGCCCCACCAACCCCGAAGUCGCGCUCUUCCAACGCAGCGCCAAAGUCCGCACUUACCAACACCACCUCGCCCCAAUAGCAGGCAGCAUCGAGCCCACCGAUCCCGACGCCCUCUCCGCGGCAUGGCGCGAAUUAGCCGAGGAAACAACGCUGAGCCCGAUUACCCUCUCGCACUGGCGCACAGGGAAGCCCUUCACCUUCCGCGACGACUCUGUAGGACGCGAAUGGACCGUUCACCCAUUCGCAUUCACCCUCCGCACUGACGCCACCGCCAGAGCCAUCCACACAGACUGGGAGGCCGAAACCUGGCGGUGGUAUAACGCACAGGAGGUCCUAACCGACACGACGCUGCAGACUGUGCCGCGACUGCGCGAUACCCUCCGCCGCACGUGGUUCGAGGGCCAACUGGGCGCUCGCGCAGGAGGCGUACUCGCGUGUGGUCUGGACCGGCUAAAGACAGACCACGAGAGCGGGGCGCACGAGCUGGCCGCCGUGGCGCUGACUGUGUUCCGCGAUGUGUUGAUCGAGAUGGCGCGCGAGCGGCGCGAUCCACUGGCGGAGUGGGCGAGUAUACGCAUGACUGCGUGGCAUGUUGUGAAGAACGGUCGGGAGAGUAUGGGCGCUGCGACGUUGAAUGCGCUGUUGGCUGUCGUGGCGGAUAUGGAUGAUGUGCGGCGGGAGGGGCCGGUCGGCUCAUCGCUGCAGACGUGGGAGCGGAUCGGUGCGGUGGUGGACUUCCAUCUGCAGCGGAGGGUGGGGCACGCGGGGGGCGUGAAGGCCGCGCUGGGGGAGUAUUUCCAGGCGCUGGCGGAGGAGGACGGUGAGAAGGGGAAGAAGGAGACGUUGACGGUGCUGACUAUGUCGGCGAGUUCGACGAUCCGGGAUAGUUUGCUGGAGGCGUGGGCUGGGCUGGAUGUGCCGACGUUGGAGCUGCGCGUGCUGGAGUCGCGGCCGCUGUUUGAGGGCGCAAGUCUGGCGUCGUCGCUGAUGUCGCGGUUUAAGGUCGAGCAGCCAGCGGGGAAGACGCUGCGCGUGCGGCUGUACCCUGAUGCUGCGGCGGCGGUGGCGGCGCGCGGGGUGGACGUCGUCUUGCUUGGGGCGGAUCAGAUCUCUGCGCGGAAGGGGAUCUGUAAUAAGACGGGGUCGCUGCCGGUUGUGUUGAGUGCGAGGGAGGUCAAUCUGGCCACGCAUGUGGUUGUGCUGACCCAGGCGGAGAAGAUCAAUGGCUGUCCGGACGUGGUCAGCGACGAUGCCCCUGAGGAUAAUGGUCCGCCGGAGGUGGUGGACGCGUGGUGUCGGGCUGAUGUCAAGGGUUUGCGUGUGCUGGAGGAGGCCAUGGUGGAGAGGGACGAUAGGCUGCAGCUGGAUGUGCAUAAUGUGUACUUUGAGUGGAUCCCACUGCAUCUGGUGGAUGCGUUUGUGUGUGAGGAGGGCGUGCUGACGGAGGAGACGCUGCGGCGGAGGACGGCCGAUCUGGCUGCGUUGUAUGAUAGACUGUUUGGAGAUCUAUAG